AAUGGUUGAAGUUUCUCUGAAAUCACAACAUAGGCUCAUCAAAUGAUGUGCCGUGCUGCAGUUCCUCAUUGUAAGGUGCUUUCAGACUGAAUGUCGAACUGGAGGGAUCUCAAAUAUCUCAAACAUGAAAAUGAACAGUGUCUAAGAUUUGCGAUUCAUUAAAUCGGUCCCUUGAACCAUGUUGAAUCGGUUCAUACUCCGAGUGAAACAUUCUGGCCACCAUCGAGCCAAGCUGACAUUUUUUGUCUUCUCUUGGUUUCUGCUCUUUUGCUUCUGGAAUACCAAAGAACCGGGGAUUUUUCAAGCCCACCAGAAGAGCCCCCGAUUCGGACAAAUCUAUGGGUUUUCAAAGGUGCAUCAAAUCAUAUCUCGGUGGCACGAGCAAGAUCUCGUCCACUCUCCAUUGCUGACGCCCAAGAACGAUCCCAAGUGGUCUGGAUAUUCGGAUGAGUAUCUAUUUGAAUUCGAGGAUCCGCCGGAAGUCAUUUCUCGACCGGAGAGCCCUGGAGAUCUGGGCAAGGCCGUUCUCAUUCCUCGUGAAUUGAAAUGGAAGGCUGCCGAGAUGAAAAGUCUACAUCAAUUGAAUUUAGUGGCUAGUGACAUGAUUCCCUUCGAUCGGGCUUUGAGGGAUCUUCGGAACCCACUUUGCAAAACUGUGACAUAUCCCCAUAAACUUCCCCAAGCUAGUGUAAUUGUAAUUUUUCAUAAUGAAGCCAGGUCCACCUUGCUUAGGACCGUUCAUUCUGUGAUAAAUCGAUCUCCGAGAUCAUUGCUCAAGGAGGUCAUCCUUGUCGAUGAUAAUUCCGACCUAGAGAAUUUGCUGAAGCCUUUGGAUGAGUAUGUGUCUUCGCUACCCGUGAAAACCUUCGUCGUUCGAACACCAAAACGCGAAGGCCUGAUUCGAGCUCGGCUUUUGGGUGCCAAGGCCGCUCAAGGAUCGGUAAUGGUCUUUUUGGACGCUCACGUUGAAGUCACAACUGGCUGGUUAACUCCACUUUUGGCGGAAAUCGCCGACGAUCGGACACGGGUGGUCAUGCCCGUGAUUGACGAUAUAAGCGAUGAUACGUUUCAAUAUGAACCCUUGGACGACGAUGGUAGUAUUGGAGGACUGGAUUGGAGGCUUUUGCAUUUCUGGCUCGAGCCUAGACCCAUGUACCCUGAUCAAGUCCAAAGUGAUGCUUUCCCAACUCCAACCAUGAUUGGAUGUGCUUUCGCUAUUGAUCGCGACUAUUUCUACGCCAGUGGCUCCUACGAUAGUCAAAUGAAGAUUUGGGGAGGCGAGAACGUGGAAAUGUCAGUGAGGGUUUGGCGAUGUGGGGGUUCAUUGUUGAAAGUUCCGUGUUCCCAUAUUGGCCAUGUUUACCGCACAACUACUCCCCACAGUGUUCCCGGCGGUCUGACGGCCAAAAUGGACAUUGCCGUUCUCAAUACGGCCAGAUUCGCUGAAGUGUGGUUGGACAACUAUAAGCGAUUCUAUUACUUCGAGAACCCACACGCCAAAAGCAUUGACUUUGGAGACGUCUCGGAGCGCAAGAAACUCGUUCGGGACUUGCAAUGCCAUAGCUUUGAUUGGUUCCUGGAACAUGUAUAUCCAGAGUCCGGAUUUCCCAGAGGAGAGCUCUACUUGGGACAAGUGAGUCGAUUCAACAUCUUACGCUACAAUGGUAUUUGCUUGAUGAAUUCCGAUAUAUUUUUGGUUGUCCAGGUCAAGCAUCCUAAGAGUGAUUUAUGCCUCGAUGGAAUGAGUACUUAUGGAUCACCAGGGAUGAGACAAUGUCAUGGAUUGGGAGGAUACCAGACCAUCCUAAUAAGUGCUAAUAAGGAAUUACGGAGUGGAACAAGAUGUUUGCAAUCUGGCAAGAAAAUUGAUCACGGAUUCGCCAAUGUGACCUUGGUAACUUGCAAUGGUUCCCAACAACAAAAGUGGGACCUUAAGCCUCUAAAAGACAGUCAUGCAAUUGCACAUCAAUUGAUGCACUCAACCAGUGGCCUUUGCUUAGCCUUUGAGGCUCCGUCAACAGUUCCUGACGGAGCCAAGAGUUCAAUCUUGGGAUACUUGGCCAAUCUUGCUCAAGAUGUUAUCAAACCAGUUCAAGUCCCCAUUCUCAGGACCUGUGAAGGAGAUCCCGAUGAAGAAUCUACUCAAAGAUGGUUUUUGAACAAAAGCGUCAAUUGGAAUACAACUUUAGAGGAGAACAGUUAUAUGAAAGAUGCUAUGACACCCUAAACAAUGUGAUACUGUCGGGUUUAUUUUGUGUACCAAGAAUUUAAAACCUAAACAGUGCGUUUAUUGAUUGUCUCAUGA